AGACUUGAGGUGACAAAGAAGUUCUACACCCUCUCUGCUCCCUUUGCCGCGUACUUUGGUGCUCUGUUUGAGGUCUUCUAUCCUGAUCUCUAUCAACGCUACCAGAAGGCGUUUGAUGCAGGGAGCUGGAUCCCUCAUGACCCUGGACCUUGGCUUGGACGUGCCCUUGUCUGGAAACUCCCUCUCGACCUCCACUUCGACCAUGGUGACAUUGGGCCUACUCUCACUAUUCCCCUUGGUUUCUUCCAUAAUGGCGAGAUGGAGUUCCCUGCCCUUGGGGCAUUGGGCAGGUACCGUGCUGGAGACAUUAUCCUUGGCUGGGACUGCAAAUUUGCCCACAAGGUUCGGGACUGGAAAAUUGCU